GCGGGAGCAUCGUCGUUUCGAAAGAGCCACGACCUUCUCCCCGUUGCGUCGCGCGCGUCGCGUCGCGUUCUCAGUGGUGUCAGGGGGUGAAGUACGCGCGAGAGGGGCCCAUUUCGCACUCCCGAGGACCCUCUUCUGCGGACCUUUUCGCAUAGUGUAGAGGAGCGUGCGGAAUCACGUGAACGUGAGCGACGACAUGAAAAUCCAGCCUCACAGACUCCGUCCCCGUGCGGUUCUUCGGAAUUGACGGAGACGUACGUAUCUAUUUUGCCCCCGGUCUCUUUUCACCCUCGUUUCUUCUUGCCAUUCGUGUGUAUUCUGAAAUGGAGUAGCGCGACACGAGAUAGUGCGUGACGCGGUGCGUAAAUAUUUCCGGGGGCAUCUUCGUACGAUCCCUUCACGAAGUGAUAGUGAUGGUAUAGUGAAGUAGUGUCUAUAAAACGAUAUCUGGAGCUAAAUGAAUGAUCGUGCCAGAAGAUUUCGAUCAUCCAGCAAGCCGUCUGCACGACGUUCGAUUGAGGUGUGAGAUCGGGGUAGAGAACGCGAAGUACGUAUCGGAGCGUCGUUGGACAUUUUAGAAUUCUAAAAAAUUUAAAACAUUUCGUUGUCGCAGGAGUGGCUAAGUACUUGUUCAGCAAUAAAUCCUUCACUGCCUGUUCUAAAAAUUCAAAUAAAUUUCGCUGAGAAGAAAAAAAGAAGGAAACGAUACCGAUCGUUAAAUAUAAGAAAAAAAUUAUUUAUCACAGAUACGUAUGCGAAUUUUUUCGCAAAUUCCGUCCUGCAGUGCUCUGCUUCGCCAAACAUAAAUCCUGCGUGAAACAGCUUCCAGCUUCAUGAUAGGAAGCCUCUGAACGCUUAAGGACGUCAUCGACGAUCUCUCGAGGGUCUGCGUUUAAUUGCCGGUGGCCUUGCUGGUGGCAUUAGACGUGCAGAAGUACGUUACAGGCGAAACAGACUGCUAGAAGAAGGCGUGGUAGAAAAAAAAUCACAUCUGUCAAGGCAGAGAAUCGUGGCAACACGGCGCGACUGAUGGGGAGAUGUUAAAGUUAAAAACCGCUCGUAAAACGCGUCGUCUCGCGGGUGCCACAACACUGCCGCUGUACAAACGAAACUUGUUUAUUGGUUCCGCAACACCGACGUCGAUGCACAAUUGAAAAGUCAGAAAAAAUCAGCAGCUUGUUCUCUGUUGCCAAUCGCUAUCGAAAGAGUUUUACGCGGCGGACAGAGCUCGCAACCGUGAAAGGGAGCGAUUUGUAUAGACCAAUCGUCGAGCGACAGCUAUAAAGGAACAAAAGAAAAGAGAGGCGAAGUUCCUUCCUCGUUUGCGGUUACUAUCGAAGCACGUUCGAAGCCGAUCCCUCGAGCGGAGGAAGAGAAAUUGCGAGUCCGGAAAAAUGCGGUGAAACCGCGCACACAGGGCAAAUAACCGUGAUGGAAUGAUCGAUGGAACGUCCAGUGCAUCGUGUGGAUUGCAUUAAUAACGACGACCAGCCUAAUGCAUCGCCAGCGAUCUUACGGUCGUCGACGUAGCGCUAGGUACGAAGACGCCGCUUAGUGCCGGAAGCGAUCCUUCGCAUCGAUCAAUAUGGAUCACAGGGGAAUAAUCUCCGUCGGCAGAGCGAGUGAUAAUGGUGAUGCCGAGGCGUUCUCCACUUAAGUGAGAGCUGGAAUCACGCGACCGAUAUUGCGAGGCUAAAGUUUAUCGCGAUUGAGGUCAAAGCGCCGCGAUGUAAAAACAAGUUCGUUCGCAGAUCACCAGAUUUAACGACAAUUUUCAGCCGACGGACGUGAAUAGUAGACGUUGAAUUAAUUAUCGAAGCAUCUGUUUUUCGGGAUGUGGUCAUUCGUACGGAAUACGCAAUUCACGAAACCACGAUACAUUACGCAGUAAUUAGUGACGUCGAUUUGUAAUUGGGAGAAUGUGGUAUCGUCGUAGAGUUGUUUCGUGAUAGUGAGCGAAUUAUUGAGCAGUGGUCUCCAUCAUUCCCGUUUAGGGCGAUUUUAUCGACGAGGGAAAACUAAUUGAGACGCCACGUUUUAAUUUGUGCGACGUGAAGCGAGAUUACGGCAUUUCCAUUCGCGCGCGAGUGGUUGUGCAUGGGAUGUACAGUGAUACGAAGUGAUUCUGUCCGCUCUGAACGAGAAUACGUGGAAUGCCGCGAACGUCGAUGCGCGGAGUUUGUUAGUGGAUUCGCCUCUAUCGUUUAACCUUUCCUGAAAACGACUGCGAUGCGUCUGAGAUAGUAUACCAAUAUGUGAAUGAACCACGCUAGGGAAAAGCGAUGUCUACUUCUCUUCCCCUACUUGUCUGUUUUAUAAUUUGUUUUGGUGGUAUAGCGUCAUGCUUACGAAACUUUCGGACUGACUUCCUGGAGGAAUGGCCGACACCAGGCACCGGUCCUCACUUCGACAUUUCAAUGCAGUCGAAUUUUACCGGGCUGGUGGGGAAGACGGUGCAUCUCGUGUGCAAGGUGAAGAACUUGGGGAAUCGAACGGUUUCUUGGGUGAGGCACCGGGAUAUACAUUUGUUAACGGUUGGUCGUUAUACCUAUACCAGCGAUCAACGUUUCGAGGCACUACACUCUCCUCAUACGGAGGACUGGACCUUGAGGAUACGAUAUCCUCAGCGUAAGGAUUCCGGGAUUUAUGAGUGCCAAAUAUCUACGACCCCGCCCAUCGGCCAUCCUGUGUAUUUAACGAUAGUCGAGCCGAAAACCAUUAUAAUCGGAGCGCCGGACCUCUUCGUCAAUAAGGGCAGCACCAUCAAUCUGACGUGCGUCGUAAAAUACGCUCCCGAACCACCUCCGACGAUGACCUGGAGUCAUAACACAGAAGUUAUCAAUUUCGAUUCGCCACGUGGAGGAAUCAGUCUUGUCACGGAAAAAGGGCCCGAAACAACGAGUCGUUUAAUGAUCCAGAAAGCCGUGCCGAGCGACUCCGGGAUCUAUCGGUGCGAGCCGAGCAAUGCGAAUCCUAGCAGCAUAAAAGUGCACGUUGUAAAGGAGGAACCAGCCGCGAUGCACCACGGGGAAAGCGGAAGCUCCUCGUACAGCAAGACACGGUCGAUUUGUUUUAUAAUUUUAGCAAUAGCUAAUAUAAUGUUUAUAUAAGGCGAGAAGUACGGAAAAUACACUUACCCCGACACACAUGAUGAAACGAGAAGCGCGAUUAUCGAGAAUCGCGAGUUGCCUAUUUAACGUCGUUAACGUUUCUUGGAUAAAUAUUUGUGCAGGGUAAAACCGAACAUUACCGUUUACAUUUAAAGAAAAGACAAAAACGAACUUCCGUGACCAAAGAAUUUUCAAAUAUCAGCACGGCACAAUAAUCGGUAAGAGCGUAGUAUUUUGUUAACAUAUAUCAUCAAGAACAAAUAACUUACGACGUCAAAAUUUAUUGUAUUA